AUGUCCUUCUUCAGGAAUUUCUUUGGCACCGCCCCUGUUCCGGAGGCAAAGGAAGAUGCCAAGGGCCCUGCCCCUAUCCGCGCUCUGCCUGCCAACUGGUACACCUCCGAGGAGAUGUUCCAGCUUGAGCGUCGUGCGAUUUUUGGUCGCAAGUGGCUCUUGACUACCCACAAGCACCGUGUCCCCAAGGUGGGCGACUGGGUCCAGUAUGACGUUGCCAACUACGAAUUCAUCGUCGCAAAGGAUGAGCAGGAAAAGAUCCAGGCCUUCCACAAGGGCAGCCUUCUCCCUAUCCACGUGCACAUCGACAACAACGGCUUCAUCUGGGUCAACUUGGACAGCAAGGAGACUCCCGAGGUCGCGUGGGAAGAUGACUUCGCCGGCUCCGACAUGCAGCCUCGAUUCAAGUACUACAACUUCGAAGACUACACCUUUGACCACACGUGGGACAUGGAAGGAGAAUUCAACUGGAAGAUCCUGGCCGACAACUACAACGAGUGCUACCACUGCCAAGUCGCCCACCCCGAUAUCCCCACAAUCGCCGACCUGAACUCCUACUGGGUCGAGACCAAGAAGGGCGGCGCCAUCGAGCACUACGGAGCGCAGCGUCCAGACCAGAUCGAGAAGGGCUUCCGCAUUGCCACCAACUACUACUGGCCCAACGCCUCCUGCAACGUCAGCCCCAACUUCUUCUUCAUGCAGCGCUUCACCCCUGUUAGCCCUACCAAGUCUGUCAUGCGAUACGAAGUCUACCGCCACAAGGAUGCCACCGACGAGGCAUUCAACCUCAUCAGCGAUAUGUACAAGCGCAUCAUGGGCGAGGAUAAGUAUCUCUGCAUCCACACCCAGAAGAACCUGAACACUGGUGUCUUCGUCAACGGCCUGCUCCACCCGGAGAUGGAGAAGGGCCCUCUUCACUUCCAGCACACUGUCCGCGAGGUCGUAACAGAGCACCGCAAGAAAGAACUGGCUGCUGGCCAUGAGAUCUCACCGGCUGCCCAGGCUCCCAUCACCACUGAGGACAUUUCUUUCCGCACUGGUGUGGAUGCGGCCAACAACUACAAUGUGACAGACACCCUCAAAGAGGGGCUGGGUACCACUGUCACCGUCUCAGCCAUUUCGGUCUAG